AUGGAAGAUAAACAAAGAGAGUUAGGAGGAGAAGAGAAAGAAGAAGAACAUGCCAAAGUGCAAAUCUGGAAAUAUGUGUUCGGGUUUGCUGAAAUCGCGGUGGUAAAAUGUGCCAUUCAGCUUGGAAUAGCUGAUGCAAUUGAAAGCCAUGGCAGCCCCAUGACACUCCUAGAGCUAUCAUCUGCUCUAAGAUGUGAUCCUUCUCCCCUUUACCGCAUCAUGAGGGUCCUAGUCCACCUCAAAAUAUUCAAAGAAAAGCCAGCAACCCAAUUAGGCCCCAAAGUUUAUGCACAAACACCUUUGUCCAAACGUCUAUUGAAAUCCGGACAAAACAGCAUGGCUGCUUUCAUUUUGCUAGAGAAUAGCCCAGUGAUGCUGGCACCGUGGCAUGUCCUCAGUACCCGAAUCAAAGGUAAUAUUAGAAAUUCAGUGUUUGAAGAAGUACAUGGUGAGGACAUAUGGAGCUUUGGGGCAGCCAAUCCUGAUCACAACAAGCUUUUCAAUGAAGCAAUGGCUUGUGAUGCAAGGGUGGUUAUGUCUGCAGUGAUUGAAAGUUGUAUAGAGGUGUUCAAAGGGAUUGAGACAAUUGUAGAUGUGGGCGGGGGUGAUGGGACUACUUUGCGCUUGUUGGUUGAGGCAUGUCCUUGGAUUCAAGGCAUCAACUUUGAUCUUCCUCAUGUUGUGCCUGUUGCUCAGGAGUGUGACCGCAUUGAGAAUGUUGGAGGUGACAUGUUUGAUUGUGUUCCAAAGGCUGAUGCUGUAAUUAUUAAGUCGGUUCUUCAAGACUGGGGCGAUGACGAGUGCAUCCGUAUCCUUAAGAAGUGCAGGGAAGCUAUUGCGGAAAAUAAAGGGAAGGUGAUAAUCGUAGAAGCGGUUAUCGAUGAAAAAGAUGAGAAAGAGGACAUCAAACUAACAAAUGUGAGAUUGAUGCUAGACAUGGUGAUGAUGGCCUAUACAAACACAGGAAAAGAAAGGACCUCGAAGGAAUGGGAAUAUGUUCUUGGGGAAGCUGGCUUCAGCCGACACACUAUCACACCUAUUCAUGCUGUCUGUUCCGUUAUUCAGGCUUUUCCUUAAAUUUAGAGAACAAAAAGUUAUGGAUGUGGAUUUGUUUUUGCAAAU